GGACCAGGAAGAGAAAGUUUGCUCGGCUGAUUUCACAAGUUAACAACUAGUUAACUCUCUUUUUGCCAAUUGUUUGGCGUUUUGUUGGUGUAUCUUUUACCGGUUAACUUCAGAAGCCCUCAGUAAAGAUGGGUUUGCAAUGGACUGCUGUGGCGCUCUUUCUGUAUGCAGAGAUUGGCGUCAUUGUCAUCCUGUGCUUACCCUUCAUCUCGGCCAGGAGGUGGCAGAGCAUUUUCCAGCUGAGGAUCUGGAACUUUAUGGCACGGUUUUGGAACAAAGUGUUUCUCACCAUGAUCAUAAUACUGAUUGUUCUCUUCCUUGAUGCUGUCCGUGAAGUGAGGAAAUAUUCCAGCAGAGACGUUGGCACAGAAGCCAAGCUGCAACCAAAUAUGUUUGACCACCUGCACAUGAAGCUUUUUAGGGCCCAGAGGAACCUCUACAUCUCCGGCUUUGCUGUCUUCCUCUGGCUGGUUAUGAAGCGACUGAUCACCUUAAUUAACCAACUGGCAUCUGUGUCUGGAAGUACAGCUGCUCUUCAGGCACAGGCUGAGCGCUCUAACCAGACUGCUGAGAAAUACUUGAAAGACAAUGAGCUGCUGAAACAGACUCUGAUGGAAGGGAAGGGUGACAAGGCUACUGCAGAGGGCAUGGAACUGCUGAGGAAAGAAGUAGAGAAACUCAAGGAAGAACUGAAGACUUCAGGAGAAGCCCUGAAGAAGUCCCAGUCAGAGGCAGAUGUAAUGAAGAAGCAGACGGAUGGCCUCGCCAGGGAGUAUGACAGAUUGUUGAAAGAACAUCAGGAGCUUCAGAAUCUUCAGGAUAGUGGGGAUAAAAAGGACGACUAGCUUUCGUAAAAUGUUGGUAAAACGUAAAACGGUUGGUGUGUUUACACGGCUACUUAGACCAAUCACAAGAGAGCCACUGCAUAUGCUUUACCUUCAUAUAACGCUGUGUGUCAUAGUGCAUAUAAUAAAACCAGGAUUGGCUCCUCUGAAGAACAGACUUUUGGCUGGUAUCAGUAACGCUUUUGAAGGAGGUGAAUUUCUAUUUGGGCACCAGACUGGCUUAAAUUGAGUGAGUAAUACUUGAUGGUUUCCUGUUUCUGCCUGGUGCAGUGUGACUAAGAGGAUUGGUUUUUCAAGUGUACGCUAUCUGGCAGAUUAAUUGUGCAAGGUAAUUGGAGAGAAUUCAGUGAGAAAUUGACUCAGGUAUGAUCACAGAGUACUUACUAUGUUAAAUAUGCAACAAAGGUGAGCGUUUUUAGGUUUGUGUUGUUUGUUUCAGCCAUUUGCACAGUGUAGAGUGAGAGAUAUGUUGAGAGCCAGAGCUACCUAUUCCUGCGUUAAACGUCUUCACAUGUAUUUUUCUAUUGAGAGGUUUCCUUCUUUAUUAUUGAAUGCUGUAGGGACAUCUGCUGCACCCGCUGUGCGCUUGAGAGAAGUUUGUAGUCAGCGUGUGCUUGCAUAACUGUCCAAAUAGAGUUUGCAUGUACAGUUGCACCUCGACAAAUCACGCUCACGUGUUUUUGAUGAUAACAGUUAGAGGUCUCAACAUCUAGCAUAUACAUAAUUUCCCUUUAAGUUUCCUCUCUUAAUUUAAAGCUGUAAAUGCUGAUGAACAUCAGCUGAAACAUAUAUAUGAACAUAAAUAAAACAGAAUAUCUGUGUGGAUAGAAAAUGUAAUUUCCAGCACUUAGGAUCUUGUUUUAGUCUUAAAAUAGAAUAGACUUCAUGUGGGUGAGAGAGUAUCUUAUGUAUGUUUCUGAUUCCACUGAGGGUCCAGAUUCUUUAAAAUUUGCUGCACUGAAUUUUACACGCUUAUUUUUGCAUGAGGGCACACUGGGAUUUUUUUUUUACCUUUUAAGUGUGUGCCAUGAAACAGGAAUGUAUGCCUGUUGUGUUUCCGUUAUUUAGAGCCACGUCACUGUAAAGGAGGAGCUUAGGUCGUAAUUACCACAUUUCAAGGUUUCCUGGUUCUCUGUGCUAAAGUAGGUAUUCAAGGGGUUUACCACAAUUCAUUUUUAGGUCAUAAAAUUAGAUACGUGCUUGUUCAGAUUGUGUUAUAUUUCUUUUGUACACGGAAAUCAGAUUGAAGUGCCUUUUAAGUGGAUGUAGGACAUUUUCUUUAAUAAAAACAACAACAACAACAACAACAAAAA